AUAAUCAAAACUGGUCGUUCGGAGUCCAUUGCAGCCGAGCUUCAAGCACCAAACCAUUCAUCGCCAAUAUCAAUUGAGGGUUUGAAGAUUAAUACAUUUAUAGGCACACAACCCUUUUGCGCCGCUGCCAUUACUCACAUCCACAGCAUGGCACAUCUGGCUAUAGACUCACUGCAGAGCUCUGCCCCCAGUCUGAUGACAAACUUUGCAGCUCCACUUACCAUCGAGAGCCGUGUGUCGCUAAAUUCAGGUCAUCGGAUGCCAAUAUUGGGGUUUGGCACUUGGAAACUAGAGAGGGCCGAGGAAGCAUGCAGCGAAGCAAUCAAGAUUGGAUAUCGACACCUGGACUCGGCACGCAUCUAUCGGACUGAGGCCGAUGUUUCUAAUGCUGUCCAGAAAAGCACCGAAGAUCGCGGCUCCAUGUUCCUGACAACCAAAGUUAGACGAAAUGAACAUGGCUACGAAAGUUGCAAGAAAGCCUUACUGGAUUCGAUUACUGCUCCCAAACCAGAGUAUUGGGAUUUGGUUCUCCUGCACGACCCGCUUAGUGGACCGGAGGCACGUCAUGAAGCGUAUCGCGCGUUGGCUGAAGCUCAACAAGCUGGAAAAGUCAAAUCGAUUGGUGUUUCUAAUUUCGGGGUGGAUCAUCUGGAAAAGUUGCAAGAAGCUGAUGUGGGGCCAACACCUGCUGUCAACCAACUUGAGCUACAUCCUUGGUGUCAGCAAACCUCCAUUGUCGAAUACUGUCGCUCUAAAGGGAUCAUAGUCCAAGCAUAUUCUCCCCUUGCUAGAGGACAAUACUUUUCGGAUGAUACAGUGGUAAAGAUUGCAAGCAAAGUCCGCAAGACCCCAGCCCAAGUCCUGUUGCGAUGGUCACUUCAGAAGGGCUUUGUGCCAUUGCCGAAAUCAAGCAGCCCAGAACGUAUGAAAGAGAAUGCCAGUAUAUUCGACUUUGAAUUGGAGGAUCAAGAUAUGAUCGAGUUGGACAGUUUGAACAAAGAUGACAAAGGUUCAGUGACCUGGACACCUUGCUUUAAAGGAGUAAAAUAGUGGAUCAUUUGGGAUCCAAACACAGUUUUUGAUCAACUCAGCAACAUCACCAUCUGUCAUGAUAGUAUACAUCUUAGCUAUGGUACUGCUGAUCAUGUGGGAUACAUUAAGUCAAGUCUGAGAUAAGGGAUACUUCAUACUUGCCACUUGGUGACCACCUGGAAAUGCAAGCAGUCA